UUCAUUUUUUGAAAUAGUAAGUAGUUCUUUUGGGAUUCUGUUUUGUCGAAUAUUCCGUUUUCGUACCUCCGCCCUGACUUUGCCCAAGUGAAAUAUUAUUUUGUUGUUAAUUAUUUAUCUAUUGUUUUUGUUAUUAAUUAAUUGUAAACAAGUAAGAAAGAGGAAGAGCAUAAGCACAGGGAUUAUUUUGUCAAAGAGGUGCUUAUUUUAUUCGUAGAUCCAAUUUGAAUUGCGCGUGCCUAACAUUCGUGUCUACUUUUAAUUAGCCAUAGCAAAAUAUAUUAAUAAAGUAAGAGAAAGACAGUAUGGAAUAUUGUCUCUCUUGCAUUUACGCGAUAUUAUUUUUACGUGUGGGUGGCGGGGAAUAUCCAGAGAAUUAAGUAGUUGUGUCGUGUACCUACAUCUAUUUCAGCUUUUGACGUAUCGCUUCCUUAUCGAUAGGUAUUGGCGACACGCCCCAACAUAUAGCACAAAAGUGUAUGCUAACCUUUUUGUUUCCAUCUCGUAUCAUCACCUUUUGCAAACUGGAAAUAAGGAACUUGUAACUUUUACAUUUGAUAAAGGUCUAACCCCCCUCCCGCAUAUAUAAAAUCGCUACCUCUAGGAAGUGAUACACAAUAAGUACGAAAGCGUUACUUCGAGGCCCGGUGUUUCGCGGCCUCCGCGAGUUCUGCCCUGUCAUCUCCAAACACCUGUUUUCGUCCACGCCCUGUAACCUGAAUCCUCGAGUCAUCGGUGAGACAGUAGCCAAAAUGACUGCCCAAAAGUUCGUUUAUCCGGAGGCUCGUCGGGACGAAACUGCCAUCGAAGUCUACCACGGAGUAAAGGUUGCCGAUCCCUACGUGUGGCUGGAAGAUCCGGACGCCGAAGAGACUAAAGCUUUCGUCGAUGCUCAGAAUGCCUUGGCCAUACCCUUCCUGAAUUCCUGCCCAAAACGCCAAACCAUUCAUGAUCGACUGAAGCUGCUCUGGGACUUUCCCAAGUACUCUUGCCCCACCAAAAAAGGAGAUAAAUAUUACUUUUUCAUGAACACUGGCCUGCAGAACCAGAGUGUACUCUACGUUCAAGAUACCUUUGAGGCUGAGCCAAAAGUUUUCCUCGACCCAAAUACAUUAUCUGAGGAUGGAACAGUAGCUGUAACCAGUGGCGAAUUCAGUGAAGAUGGUUCGAUUUAUGCAUAUGCUUUAUCUGCCAGUGGCUCUGAUUGGAAUACUAUUCACUUCAUAAAUACAAAAACUGGUGAAAAAUACCCCGAAGUUCUGGAAAAAGUCAAGUUCUCGUCGAUUUCUUGGACCCAUGAUAAUCUGGGUAUUUUUUAUUCUUGUUUUCCUCAUCAGCAGGAAAAGCAUGAUGGUUCAGAAACUUUUGUUAGCAAAGAUCAAAAGUUAUGCUACCAUAUAGUUGGAACAUCCCCAGAAGAAGAUAAAAUAGUAGCGGAGUUUCCUGAAAAUCCGUUAUACAGAUUGAAUGGACAAGUGACAGAUUGCGGAAGAUGGUUAGUGGUUACAACGCGGUUGGAGUGUCGUGAUAAUCUAGUUUUCUUCACAAAACUUGACCCUAAAAAAAAAAUUGAUGGAAAAUUAAAUUUAACCGAAGUGGUUGGAAUUUUGGAAGCUGAUUAUGAGUAUGUGGCUAACCUUGGUACAAAAGCCAUUUUUAGGACAAAUAAAAAUGCUCCCAACUACAAGUUGAUAGCUAUAGAUCUGGAAAACUUCAAAGAAAACAGUUGGGAAGAAUUCAUUCCAGAACAUACACAUAAUGUUUUAAAUUGGGCCUCAGCAGCAGACAAAGACAAACUUGUUAUUUCAUAUAUGGAAGAGGUUAAAGAUGUUUUAGGAGUGUACAGUUUAGAAACUGGAAAGUUACUUAGACCGUUACCUUUAGACGUAGGAACUGUGGUUGGCUUUUCUGGAGACAAAAAGAACUCUGAGAUAUUUUACCAGUUUAUGUCUUUUUUGACACCUGGAAUCAUUUAUUCAUUGGAUCUUCAACAGGAUAAAGAAAUGCCAAAAGUGUUCAAAGAAAUUAAAAUCAGUGGUUUUGACCCAAGCCAAUACCAAACGAAACAAAUUUUCUAUUCCAGUAAAGACGGAACCAAAAUUCCUAUGUUUAUUGUGUCCAAAAAAAACAUUGUACUAAAUAGUUCACCACCUGCUCUUCUUUAUGGCUAUGGAGGUUUCAAUGUUAGUCUCCAGCCUGUAUUUAGCAUCAUGAGAACAGUAUUUUUGCAACAUCUUGACGGUGUCAUAGCCGUGGCGAAUAUUCGCGGAGGAGGAGAGUAUGGUGAAAAAUGGCACAAUGCUGGGCGAUUUGGCAACAAACAAAAUUGUUUCGACGAUUUUAUAUCGGCUGCUGAAUAUUUGAUUGACAACCGAUACACGUCAUCAGACAAAUUGACGAUUCAAGGUGCUAGUAACGGAGGACUCCUCAUUUGUGCUUGCAUCAAUCAGAGACCUGAUCUUUUUGGUGCAGCUAUCGCUCAAGUUCCAGUUACGGACAUGUUGAAGUAUCACAAGUUCACGGUGGGAUAUGCCUGGAAGUCGGAUUACGGUUGCUCGGAUAAAGAAAAGGAUUUCAAAGUUCUCAUAAAAUAUUCGCCCAUACACAACGUAAGAAAGCCAGACAAAGAAGGAGUGCAGUACCCAGCUACACUGGUGAUGACUGCCGAUCAUGAUGAUCGCGUCGUACCUCUGCACAGUUUGAAAAUGAUAGCAACGCUUCAGCACGAAAUUGGUAGCUUGCCGCAUCAAACGAAACCCCUACUUGCCAGAAUUGAAGUCAAGGCAGGCCAUGGUGCAGGAAAGCCAACAACCAAACUGAUUGAACAAGCUACUGACAUUUUGUCCUUUGCGGUGCAAACAUUAAACCUCGAAUUCCAUUAAAUGGCAUUCAUCAAAGUCAGAGUAAAACAAUACUUAAUGCUUUUGCAUUUAAAAUAAAUUUUAAAAUAAAAA